UCUGUCCUUAGCACAAAGACAUCAGUUUAUCAUGGCCCAUCAUCUUCACAUGAGGAGCUUUCCCAGUUCCCCCCUACAGGUAGCAAAUGUUUCAACUCUUCCCACUGAUGUUUUGAAAGAGGACAUUGCAUUUGCGCUCAAACAGAGGCACCCAGAGUUGGAUGUUGUGUGCUUGGCUAAAAAUGCGACGUACAGUGGCUUGAACUACAGGAAUGGAAUGAUCCUUGCACAUGGCUCAUUGGCAGGACUGCCUGAAUUUGUGGAAAUAAUUCAGAUGAUUGUUAUCAAGGAUAAACUGUUUUUCAUCGUCAGAAAUCUCAGUGCUUGGUACUGGGAACAUUACAGAGCUUAUGAACUGAAAACAUGUCCUACAAAGAAGAUGGAAGUGGUUGACCCAAACCAACUCGCAGAUCCAUACCCACUGGCUGACUACACAAUUGGGGGAAUGCGGCUCAUAACACUCAAAAGAUAUAUACAUGUUUAAGAGCACCAUGGCUGAAAUCACACCUGUUCGAUUGCUGGUAUAUUUAAAUGAAGACAACAACGUAAGGAUGGAGCUACGCAAGGGGAUUCCAUACUCAUUGGAAGAGCUCAUUGAUGAAGUCAAGAAUGCAUGUGGAUUAGAAGGAUGUAUAAGGUUGCAGUACAAGGACACUGAUUUUGGGAACAUAUUUGUGAAUCUGACCUCAACAGCUGUGAUUAAGGAUCUUUCCAUUCUCAAAGUAAUCCAGUUAGACCCAAAUUCCACAACCGUUAUCUUGUACCCAGUUGACCUCGCAACGAGUAGCAACUCUUCAUUCAGUGUGGACAGUGAUGAGUCCUCAGUGUCGGCACGUACAGAUGACACAGUACUGCUCAGCAGCCCUUCCUCAGACUCACUUAGAACACAGCAGUGGCCACAAGUCUUCCAAAUCCCAUGCUUCUCCUAUGACACAGAAUGUCAACUUCAGAGGGCAAAUGCAGAGUACAUGAAAGACCAAACUAGACUGACACCUAGCUCUAAAAUGCUCUCAGACAUAUUGGAGAAAGUAGCUGAAAGUAUCUAUGCAUUCACACCAUAUCCUGAAGACUGUCACUACAGUGAUGUUGCUGAGGCAUUAACAAGGAAGCACCCCUGUCUAAGAGAACCAGGGUCUUUCAAUAUGAGCUAUGGGUGGAAACACAGACUGAAGAUGAAAAUGGGCAACUACAGAACACAACUUAAGGCCCACGGCACAGCUGCCGAGCUCACAGUGAAUUCUAUUAAAUCCAAGACUCCAGGGGACACAUACCCAGCAAGAAACGUGAAGAGACCUAGACGAGCUGAGGUCAAUCAUUUUCCAUCUUUGCCAUGUGGUGAGACUACAGAUAGCCUGGAACAAGAGAGGAUUUCCCUUCUGUCAGAAAUGCUGAAAAGAAACAACCGACAAACAAUAAAAGAAAAGAUGGCAAAGACAUUCGGAUACUGUAGACAAGAAAUAGUGCACAAGCAGCCGAGCAUUGAAGACAUCUUAACAAGGUGGCCAGCACUUUUCCGGAUGGAAGAGAUCAAUGCUGAGUUCUUGCGAGUUACAGCGGUUCCCCUGGAGACAAAGUUCUUGGCUCAGUUGGACAAACACUCCACCAAACUGCUGGAGGUCAUCAGAAGCAAGGGAGGACGUGUGAAAGAGCAGACCACCAAUACCUUGAAAGCUUUAGAUGAGACCAUUGACAUCACCAUCAGAAGAGAAUGCACCCUCAAAUCUCUGAUGAUCUACUUGGGCGAACCUGUUCAUCACCUUAUUAAAGAAUACCAGGAUCUGCAGGAAAAUGAGGCUGACGUACUGGAGCAGGAAACCAUGGCGAUCUUCGUCCCCGGGAAAGAGGAUUCUUUCCAUUCACCUAAAGACAUUAAGAUAGUCAUUGAUGGGACACCGGUUCUGAAUGAGGUGCCCUCAGUUGCAACAGCUGUUGCCAUGCUCUUCGGACUCACAUAUGCACUCAACUUAAGGUAUCCAAAAAAUCUGCAGUACACUCUGGAAUUUGUGCAAAAAGUCCUGAUGGAGCUUGGUGGGAAAAAGAUGUCCAAAAAAGUUUAUAGGCUGAGCAGCCAGCUUUACAGCCCAGAGUAG